CAAUGGCACGCAAUCGCGGCCUCGCACAUACUUGCCUUGUGUCGGGCCUUGUGUGAGGACUUUGUCAUCCUUUCUUUUCCUCUUUAACUUUUUUAUCUUUUUCUUUACUGUAACCUUUAACAUACAACUUGCUAUGGGCUCCCAACCAUCCAAAGAAAGCCGCAAGAGUGUCCGCUUUGACGAAAAACGAGCCCACGCAUCGGCUGCUGCUGAAAUACAAGAAGCAUACUUUACUGCAAACCGCGCAUCCACGUCAUCACAAGUGUAUCUCGCUGAAACGCUUGAAUGUCUCGGUUUGGAUGACGAUCAGGUCAAGGACCGUUAUGCACCAGUGACCGCUGAAAGCUUGACCAAAUACUCCAAGGAUUUCUGGAAGGAGCCCAAGAACAAGCUUGCUUUGAAUGCUGUGGCGGGUCACAAUCCCACACAAGUCCUUGUCAACCGACGUCAAGCUGUGCGCGAGAACCAUGUCUUUAACGUCAAGAUCGAGCCUGAAGGCUCUGCCACCAACCAACGCUCGUCAGGUCGAUGCUGGUUGUUUGCUGGUACCAACGUGCUGCGAUUGGCCGUCAUCCAACGCUAUCACCUCAACGAUGAUUUUGAACUUUCACAAAGCUAUCUGUUCUUCUAUGACAAACUUGAAAAGUCCAAUUGGUUCUUGGAAAAUAUGAUUGACCUUGCUGGCAAGGAUAUCGACGAUCGUGUCGUACAAUACCUGCUCAGCGAUCCCGUAAGCGACGGCGGACAGUGGGAUAUGUUUGUCAACCUAGUCCAAAAAUACGGCGUCGUGCCCAAAUCUGCAUUCCCCGAAACAUAUUCAUCAUCCAACUCGAGCCGUUUGAACUGGCUGGUCGUAGUCAAGUUGCGCGAGUUUGCCACACAGAUCCGUAAAGCCAUGGAUGAUGGCGUUUCCACAGCCACAGUCCGCGUGCUCAAGGAACAAAUGAUGGAAGAAAUCUAUCGCAUCAUGGUCAUUUGUCUUGGCGAGCCACCCUCCACCUUUGAUUGGGAAGCUACUGAUAAGAACGGCAAGUUUGUUGGUGUACGUGGUCUGACACCAGUUAAAUUCUUCAAGGAGCAUGUCAAGUAUCCGAUUGCGGAAACCAUGUCGCUUAUCAACGAUCCCCGCAACCCGUACGAUGCAUUGUAUACAGUCAGCCGUCUCGGUAACAUUGUUGGUGGGAACCCAAUUCGUUACGUAAACACACAGGCUGAAACGCUCAAGAAACUUGCCAUUAAUGUGCUAAAGUCCGGCUCGCCUGUGUGGUUUGGCUGUGACGUCGGCCAAUAUUCCUCGUCCAACAUUGCUGUCAUGGAUACCAAGAUCUUUGAUUAUGAGCUAGGAUUUAACGUCAGCUUUGGUUUGACCAAGAAACAACGUCUGCUGUAUGGUGAGAGUUUGAUGACACACGCCAUGGUGUUUACGGGUGUGCAUCUGGAUGAGAAUGGCAGUCCAAUCCGAUGGCGCGUUGAGAAUUCGUGGGGUGAAACUUCAGGAGACCAUGGAUAUUGGAUCAUGAGUGACGCGUGGUUCUCUGAGUUUGUGUAUCAGAUUGUACUCAAGAAGGCUGAUGUCCCCCGCAAACUCACGGAUCUCUUGAAUACCGAGCCGACUGUUCUCCCAGCAUACGACCCAAUGGGAUCGCUUGCUUAAUCCCACUAAGCUGUCAUUUCUAUUGUCACAUAGUAGUACCUUUCCGUUAUAUAACCCGUCAAUAAACACCUUUACUCUGUGCAUAUUUCAAAUAUUAUUUCUUCUGAAAGAGCACUUGUACAGCUCAUUAAAGCCCCUGAAAAGAGCACUACUACUGAUUUACAAAAGAAAUCAAUUAGUAAGCAGUAGUUAUUUUUAACAGUUCGGUGAGUAGUGAUACUGUAAUGACUACGUAUAUAGCGGUUGAUGUACUUUUUUUGCUCCAAAAUUUCAAUGACAUCGUGUCUAUUUUACUAUAAAAUAAAGAAG